GCAACACGGCGUAUGGGCAACACAACAGUGCGACUCCAGUUUUCCAUACGCUCAGUUGUGCCCGCGGUCAAGGGAAAAUCGCAGCCGAGCACUUCCGCCGAAGCCAAAUAGAAAUCAGGAAACUAUAGUACUUAGCGAUCUGUGAAAAGUCCACAAGAUGACCAAAGUUGAGCUUUACAAGUCGCGUGUCUUCGUGACAAUCAUACACCUGUGCGCCCUUGGCCAGUUCGCCUAUGGGCUCUACUACAGCUCCUUCGAGAUCCAAAGGAGCUACAAACUGAAGACGAGCCCCAAUCGCCGCCUGGUCCCGGAGUCGCUGCCCCAGAAAAUCAAGCUGCUGUCCUACUGGUCGCUGAUAAUUCAGGCACUGUACUACAUAGUGUCGCUGGUCAACGAUUUCGUGGGCACCAAUGAGCUGACACCCAAGAAGCCGCCGGCGGUGCGCAGGUUCAAGGACUGGCUGAUGGCUACAUUGGCCUUCCCGGUGGCCAUCAACGUGGGCGUGACCUUCUGGACACUGUACGCUAUCGACAGGGAGCUGGUCUUCCCCAAGGUGCUGGACCCCGUGUUCCCCAGCUGGCUCAACCACGUCCUGCACACCAACAUUGUGGUGUUCAUCGUCCUGGAGCUGUUCAUCUCGUACAGGUCGUACCCAAAACGCAGCCAAGGACUUGCAGGACUGGCCAUCUUCAUGGGCGCCUACCUGGUCUGGAUCCACGUGGUGAAGCACUACUCGGGCGUGUGGGUGUACCCAGUGCUUGAGGUGCUGCAACUGCCGCAGCGCAUCUUGUUCUUCGCGGCCGUCGUGGGAUUCACGCUGUCUCUCUAUCUGCUGGGCGAGUUCCUCAACAACACCGUCUGGGCCAAGGAGGUGAAGCUGGCCAGGCGCAAAGCCAACUAGGAGUAGGCUGUGACCCGUUUCUGUUCGAUGUAGUUGCGUUAAUUAGCCACAAAAUACAAGUGAUGAUUGACAAGUCUCGGUUAUAAAUUUUGCUCAUAUUGUUCGAUCUUCUCAGCCAAAGAUAGUAUUUAUAUGUACAAUUGUACUGCAGAGUGGACGCAAGAAGUCGUACAAAAUAUGUGAGAGAGAAAUAAUAAACGAAGCUUGCAACAUUGACUCUAUAA